AUGAAGGUCUCCUUCGCAGCACUCGGCCUGCUGCUCAUCAGCACCGCGCAAGCCCUUCCCCUGCCCGAAGCCGACAAAUGUCACGUUGCCAGGGUGCAGAACAGCACAGCGCCCGUCACCAAGAGCCUCCAGAAAAGAGAUAUUAAGGCCUGGAAUUCUCUCCCCGGACUUGGAACGAUUGACAAUAUGAUUAUGGGAGUUUUCUUCGACUGGGCAAGGAGAGUGUCAGCCAAGAAGCAGCCUAUAAGCAAGUGGCAUGACAAGGAGAAUAACCGGUUCGAGAGCAACAGCUGGGCGCUCAGUCCCCAUGAGGUCAGUGUUCUCGAAGCGUGGGUCGACGAGACUGGCCAACCCGCCUGGUCAACUGAGGCAGAUGUCUUCUCGAAAAUCCCACAUGGUCGUAAAGAAAGUUAA